GGUUUUCCUGGGAAGAUUCAUUUCUGGUGAAUACCUCUAAACGUUUACAACCCAGCGGUACCCUAUCGCAGUAAAUUUAUUUUCUAUAUUUUUUUUAAUUAAAAGUUUUCAUUGAAAUAAUCAAAAAUGUUGGAUUACAUAUCCAUGGCCUUUGUGGUCGCUGUAAAAGUGUUUAAGAAAACUACUCCAAAUGGAAAAGUAACUGUUUACCUUGGCAAGCGAGACUUCAUUGAUCACAUGGAUUAUUGCGAUCCAGUUGAUGGAGUGGUGGUCGUUGAUACUGAAUAUCUGAAAGGAAGAAAAGUUUAUAGUCAGCUUGUGACUACAUACCGCUAUGGUAGAGAAGAGGAUGAGGUGAUGGGAGUGAAAUUUUCUAAGGAAAUGGUGAUUGGACAAGACCAAGUUGUUCCUAUGAUCAAUUCUAAAAUGGAGUUAACACCGGUUCAGGAAAAACUACUAAAAAAACUUGGUCCAAAUGCUUAUCCCUUUACAUUUAUUUUCCCUGAGAUGGCACCAAGCUCGGUGACUUUACAACCAGCUGAAGAAGACCAGGGUAAACCAAUGGGUGUAGAAUAUUGUGUGAGAACUUAUGUUGCGGAAAAUGAAGAUCAAAAAAGUCAUAAGAGAAGUUCUGUUACUUUAGCUAUCAAAAAGUUACAACAUGCACCUGCUUCCCGUGGUCGCCGUCUUCCUAGCUCGCUCGUAAGCAAAGGCUUUACAUUCAGCAACGGUAAAAUUAAUCUCGAAGUGACUCUGGAUAGAGAGAUAUACUAUCAUGGCGAAAAGAUUGCUGCUAAUGUCAUCGUUUCAAACAACUCGCGAAAAUCCGUUCGUAAUAUACGAUGCAUGGUGAUUCAACAUGUUGAAAUUACUAUGAUCAAUUCACAAUUCAGCCGUCAUGUGGCAUCCUUAGAAAGCCGUGAAGGUUGCCCAAUUACACCUGGAGCCAGCUUAUCAAAAACAUUCUAUUUGAUUCCUUUGGCGCGCACCAAUAAAGACAUUCGUGGUGUGGCUUUGGAUGGUCACUUAAAGGAAGAUGAUGUCAAUUUAGCAAGCUCCACACUAGUGUCUGAAGGCAAAUGCCCAGCUGACGCCAUUGGUAUUGUGGUGUCUUAUUCGAUUCGUGUCAAAUUGAACUGUGGAACUCUUGGAGGAGAGCUCGUUACGGACGUACCGUUUAAAUUACUCCAUCCUACCGAAGGCACUAUUGAACGCCAACGUUUCAAUGCAAUGAAGAAAAUGCAGUCUAUUGAGCGCCAUCGUUAUGAAAAUUCUCUAUAUGUUAACGAGGAAGAAGACAAUAUUGUGUUUGAAGAUUUUGCUCGACUUAGAAUGAACGAACCACAAUAAAAAGUAUGAAAAAGAAAACCAAAAAUAAAGAAAAACGAAAAAUUAAAAAAAAAAUUGCAAAACACUUAAAACAGAAAAAAAAAUCAUACACCUACUAUUGAACGAAAAAUAUAACUAUAUACCAAAUAUACCAAAAGUAUUCUAAACCUUGCCAAAUAUUAAACUAGGUAUUUAAAAAUUAUAUUAACACUUUCACACAUGUCUCAUGUUUUACCUACUUAAUUUGUUACAGUUACCAACUAUUAGUACAUUUUAUUUUUUAAUAUUAAAUAAAUAUUUAAGACAUACCCACUACUCAUAAGAAGAAUGUUAUCAACCAAGAACACUAUGUAACGUAAUAGAAUACCUAAAAUUCAUCACCACCAUGUUUAUAUCUAUAUUUUUAACAAAAACUCACCGUAUUGUAAACCACUUUAAAAUAAAAGUAUCACCAGACUAUA